AUGACGGUUCCAGUGCCCAGCUCCCUGUCGGACGCCGCUGGGGCCGUGAGCGACAAGUUCAGCAUCAAGGAAAGCAGUGACAGAGGAGCUCAGUUGGCGAAGAAACAGGCCGGAAAGCCCAAGCGGAAGAUGACGGAGAAGGAGUAUGCGGCCAUCAUGCUGUAUACCUCCAAUGCCAUCUACCAGGACCUGAACAAAGCCUUGCGGGACAAUAACCGCAGCAAAGUGAAGAAGUACUUCAAGUACUUGCGGCUCUUUUUCGAAUCCAUGGACGCCUUGCCAAAGCAGAAACGCAAGCUUUGGCGCGGCUUGUCGGUGGAUCUCCAUAAGAACUCCCAGUACAAGGUGGGCAACACCGUGGUUUGGUGGGGCAUCUCCAGUUGCACCUCUGAUGAGAAGGUGGCGAAGGGCUUCGCUGAAGGCUGCGGGGGCAAAUCCACGCUGAUCACUGUGGAGUCCAAGACGGCCUCUGAUAUCUCCCAGGUGACCUUUUACAGCAAUGAGAAGGAGAGCCUCCUCUCACCAGGAACACAGCUGAAGGUGAAGAGCAACAAGAUGAACGGCAACGUAUGUGAGAUCACGCUCGAAGAAGUCGGUCGUAUGCUGAAUUGA